CGUAUGGGCAGCUACUGCAGGAGAGUGUGCUCAUAAUCUCAGCAAAAUUAUUACUGGCGGCUGGCAGGGGGUGGAGGUUGCCUUUGGGGUGUCGAAGCGGGUCCCAUGAAUUAGGGAUGGCGCUGUGUAUAGUGCGAGCGAGUUAGCAGCCAAAGUUUGCAGAACGCAGGCAGGAAAGUUCGCUGAAGAGGGGACCCGUCAUCCCAAACUCUUCUGUCAUAUUACCUACGGAUUUUACGUGCAAACAUGCGGACUACAGACUUCUGUGCUGUUUCGUGGGUGUUUUGAGUGAAAUUCUCCCUGCCCUUGAGAGAUUACAGUUAACGGUUUGCUGUCUUCGCUGCACGCUUGCGUUUCAAUGGACUCUCGUACAUCUUAUCACUCAGUGAGUAACUUGGACUAAAAUUGAUUGUAUGAUUUCCUGACCUGCAGAUAAGUGCGGAGCACGAGCAUGACUUAACUGUUAACGCUAUGCCAUGUAGCCAAGCCUUGGGUAUUUAAAAACAAUGAACUCCCCCCGAGACAAGGAACUGGCACCUUUAUCUCGGAAACACCGACUCAUGGCUGCAGCUAUGCCCGGUGAGGACAGCCCAUUGCCCGGUAACAUUUCCAGGAGUGAUCGGAACGGAAUAGGGGGACUGGUUCAUUGUUUCAUAUGUGGAAGCGGAGUUACGCCAGGGAAGGAAUUAAGGUUACAAGUGACAUAUCAAAAGGAGAGAGUGCCAUUUUUUCCGUUUCUACAAAAUCAAGAGCCAGCACCGGGUGCGUGUGAAUUGAGCCCGGAUGGACAUACGCUGGUGUGCGCCGUGUGCCACUGCUUUCUGACGGAGCAGUGGAACUCCUUUGAGAGGAGCAGGACGCCCAUUGAGAAGCGCAUGUACUGGUUGAAACGGCCCUACCAGUGUGACUCUCGGCGCGUCCCACAGGAGUGGAACAUGUCUUAUGAUCUGGAGAGGAGGAUCAGUGUCGGCAGCCAGAACUACGACGGGGGCGCAGAGUCUGAUUUCUCUUCUUUUUCUGAAAAUGAGAACAUGUCAGACCAGGAGAUGGAUUUAGUCGACAGGGCCGGUGCGAGCAAAGACAAGUGCCCGAGAGCAUCUGGCAAAUCGCCAAGAGACAGUAGCAGGAAAAACAAUGUCAUCACUGUUAAAAACAGCCCAGAUUCACAGCGGACAAUCCGCUACCCGGUGGGUGUUUAUGGGGCGCAGGGAUCGCCAAAAGCAGAGAGCGUUCUGCCGGCGAGGCGCGGUACUAAAAUUAUGAAUAAUGUCUGUCAAUCAGCAGAAUCUCUGGCAAAGUCCCAGGAGAGAUUCCCUCAGCGAUGCCAUGACAGUCCUCUCUCUGACACACCUGUGCAAGACAACGGGGUCAUUAUGCGCAACAGGCCAUGGCUGGAGGAGGGGAAUGUCAGAUAUGUGGAGCCGCGUCACAUUCAGCGUGUGGUUGACAGCAGCUGUGCUCCGUCCAGACAUCCAUCACUACUGUACAGAGGAAGAGGAGAGGGUCACCCCAACACUUUAGCGUCAUCUGUUGGCUCUGCUGCUGUCACCACGAAAUCCAACGUAGCUCUUCCCAAGGAGAGCAACUCUGACAUCUGUGAUGAAGACGAGAUUAACGUUACAAGUGAUGAUGACAUAGACGUGUAUGAUAACAAAACGGGCCCAAGAACCAAGCUUAAACCUGCCAGAGAUGUCUCAGGAAGAAAGAGAGCACAGCUGAGCCACAAUGCAGACACCUGUCCAGAGGAGUGUGCUUGCUAUAUCUGUGGCACUGGGCUCAGACAUGAUGACCGUUUCAAAGUCAGUGUUCAGAAACAGGAGAGGGCACAGGGCGAACCCUUCUUUCCCUUUCUGUGGCUUCACUCCCCUCCCCAGGGUGCAAUACCUAUCAGUCCAGUAGGCACAACCCUGGUGUGUGGCUGCUGCCACACCUCCCUCAUGCAGCAGUGGCAGAGCUUCCAGCUUGCGGAUGUGCCCGUCCUCCAGCGCCUCUAUGUAGUCCCUCUCAACCAGGGCACCAGUUCUCUCCAUCUUUCCCAGAUAACUCCCCAGGAGGGGAAACCCACAAAGUGCACAGAUGACCCUCGAUCUUCCCAUGAGGCCUGUUUCCUUUGUGGUCAGGAGUGUGGAGGAGAUAUCAGAGUAGUGUAUGCGCAGGCUGGUGUUGGCAAAUCCCGUGGUGCAAUGUAUUUUCCCUUCAUUAACAUGUUGCCUUGUCCACCUAAUGCCCAGGGGAUAAGAAAUGGCCGUGUACACUGCUGCCCACAGUGCCAUUUUAUCCUGGAGGAGAUCUGGGGUGCAUAUCGACUCAGUCUUAGCGAGGACCUCAUCACAUCAGUCAGCUCCUUUCUGGUAAGGUACCAUGCUGCUAUGGCCACUGACGGCUCAGGACCAGCCCAUUCCCAGACAGGUGUGGCCUCUCAGCCCAGCAGCUGCAUGUCGGUGUGUUACCUUUGUGGAGCUGAGCUUUGCGCAGGUGGAGAGUACCAGCUGCAUGUCAACCCGCCUGGGCGUUGCAGGGAGAGGGAGCCUUUCUUUCCCUUCCUCACUGUCCACCCUCCUGCUCCUCGUGCCAAGCCAGUGGAUGCCACAGGCCUUGUGUCGGCUUGUAACCUCUGCUACCAUGACCUACAUGCCCAGUGGGCCCAACAUGAGAACAAGGGCCUGGGUCCCUCCACCCCAUCUACCUCUACUUUAUCCAGUGCCAACACUCAUCCACCCAGCUCCCCAUGGGCCCGCCAGUACAACUGUGAGGUUUUUGUGUGUUUCUUCUGCAGGCAGGAACAGCGCAGGCUAGGCAGGCUGUGCGCUGUUACUGUGGCCAGGCUACCCGUCUUCCUGUAUGCACCUCGCAGCACACGCACACUCCUGGUGGAUGAUGGGAGGAGGCUGGUGAUUGGCUCAUGUGUGGAAUGUAAGGCCAUGGUGCAGGUGGGACAGAGCAUGCAGCAGGACAGACAUAUGCUGGGACUCGGAGUCUCAGAAGAGGAGAGGAAAGAACCAAAAUCAGCCUCUUCACAGUCAAAACAUAAGGCGAGUACUGUAAUUGAGAGUGCGACUGGAGCCAGUAAGGAAGGGGAUUCGGGGCCUUUGCGACCUCCGGAUGACCACACUCCAUCUCACCCAGUAACCUUGGAGCCAGAGAUAGCUGACCGAACUGAACGCCCACUUUCCAGCAUGAGCCAUGAGCCAAAGUCACCAUCAUUAGGAAUGAUCUCGACGGCGACCCGUACUACGGCGACGGUCAGCCCACUCACCCCGUCGCCUCUCAAUGGCUCCAUCGUAGCCAAUGGAAGCCCGGCUACGCAGUCUGCUCACUCUGGAUUCGCUGCAGCGCUCCGUAAACUGGCGAAACAGGCCGAAGAACCUCGAGCUGCAUCUUCCAUCAGCAGUGAGUCCUCUCCAGUGUCCUCCCCGGCCACCAACCACAGCUCUCCAGUUAGUACACCUAAGAGGGGUCCCCUCGGUCCAGGACCUGUCCUGGUUCCCCCAGCAGGCCACAGCGUGCCAAAUACUCCACCCGUAGUAACCAUUGCUCCAACAAAGACGAGUAACGGCCUCUGGAGGAACGAGGGACGCCAGGCUGACUCGGUGCCUCGUGGGGCCAGCAGGGAACGUCUGGGCGCAGAGGGGACCCUCCCCCAGGAAAAGGGUGGCCCCUCAGUCCCUGCGCACCUCCUGGGAAACCCCUAUGCCUUUGGUCUUACCCCCAGUGCUGUCAUGCAAGACUCACGUUUCCAGCCCCUUAAUCUGCCCAGACAGUUGCCUAAUGCAGUACCCCCUGGUCCCGUACCAGAAGAGUACCUCCGUGGUUUCCGGCCCUAUGCCACGACUGAGGAUGCCCUCCGCAUGCCUUCCUUGCCUUUGGGCCUGGACCCUGCCACGGCAGCUGCUGCAGCUGCCUACUACCACCCGAGCUACCUGCCCCAUCCUUCCUUCACGCCAUACAGGAUGGAUGACCCCUUCUGCCUCUCUGCUUUGAGAUCACCUUUCUAUUCAUUGCCAGCAGGGGGAGCGUUACCCCCCAUCCAUCCCUCUGCUGUUCACAUGCACCUACCAGGGGUCCGCUACCCGGGAGAUUUCACGCACCCUUCACUGUCAGCACUGCAGUCUGCAGAGAGGCUUCAGCUGGAGGAUGAGCUGCGGCAGAGGGAGAGGGAGCGCGAACGGGAGCGUGAACGAGAGCGCGAGCGCGAAAAAGAGAGGGAGCGUGAGGUGGAGAGAGAAAAAGAGCGGGAGCGAGAACGAGAGCGGGAGAGAGAGCGGGAAAAGGAACUGGAGAGGGAGAGGGAGCGCGAGAGAGAGAGGGAGCGCGAGCGAGAACGAGAGAAGGAGAGAGAAAGGGAGAAGGAACUGGAGAGGCAGAAGGAGAGAGCACUGAGGGAGAAGGAGCUGCAGGCGUCCAAGGCCAUGGAGAGCCACUAUCUGGCCGAGCUCCAUGCCAUGAGGGGGCAGGAGGACCGAAACAAGCCUGAGAGACUCACCCCUAAUCGGGCUGAUAAAACCAAAGAGCCCACCCCUCCAGCUCCCAAACCUGUCCCGCCAGGACUCCACUCUUCAAUGGUCCAAUCACAUCAUCCUGUCCCUGGUCUAAUCUCAGGCCACGGCCUCUACAUUGGGCCCAGUGCUGUAGGGCCGGGGCUCUCGGCCUCAAUGAUUGCUCAGAGGACCAAUGAGGAGGAGCGGUGGGUGGCGCGGCAGCGCAAGCUGCGGCAGGAGAAAGAGGAUCGUCAGUACCAGGUGUCUGAAUUCCGCCAGCAGGUUCUGGAGCAGCACCUGGAUUUGGGUCGGCCAGGUGACACACCAGAUCACAGGACAGACUCGCACAGAUCCAUACCAAAUCAUCAUGAACCGGGAAGCCGGGACCUCCACCCACACUUAGGUGCCCCUCCACCACUCAUCUCACCAAAACCUCCUCAGCUACCACGUGAACACCACCCACCUCCUCCCACCACACUGUGGAACCCUGCAUCUCUCAUAGAGACAGCCUCAGAGUCCAAACGUAACCACGAGCCCUCAGGGAUGGGACACUAUGAGCUCAGUCGGCUGCCCCCAGGGCCCUUGAAAUACGAUGACGGAGCACGAAGAAGAGAAGGGGGAGCAAUGGAUAAAUAUCCCCCACUGAGAGGUCCCCCGGGUUUACCAGAGCCCAGCACGUUCCUUGCUGAUCUGGAGAAAUCCACUCAGUCCUUCUUCAGCCAGCAGAGGGCAUCACUGUCUCUGCCCAGCCAGUAUGAAUUGGACGGAGCUGUGAAAAGCAAUACUGGGCUGAAGAGCCUCCAGGGACACCUGGGACACAGUAGACAUGGACAAGGGCUGGGAAUUGUCACUGGGCCAGGGAUGGGACAGGUAGCCACACUGGGGAUGGUUCCAGACACAAUGCUGAUCUAUGACGAGUCCCUUCAGCAGCACCGAAGACCCAUUAGCAAGCUGGACCUGGAGGAGAAGAGGAGAAGGGAGGCCAGAGAGAAAGGUUACUACUAUGAGCUGGAUGAUUCAUAUGAUGAGAGUGAUGAGGAGGAGGUGAGAGCCCAUCUCAGGAGAGUAGCAGAGCAGCCCCCACUCAAAUUGGAUGACUCCACAGAGAAAUUGGACUUUCUGGGAGUGUUUGGUCUGACCACAGUGGGCCGACGGGAUGAGCUGGUGCAGCAAAAGAGAAGGAAGAGGAGGAGGAUGCUCAGGGAGCGCAGCCCCUCACCACCUGUAUCGCACUCGAAACGCACUCCUCCGCCUCCUCCCCAACUCAGCACGCGUUUCACCCCUGAAGAAAUGGACCAAGCACCAGAGCUGGAGGAUAAGAAGCGGUUCCUCACCAUGUUUAGACUGUCCCACGUCACGAUACAGCAGAGGAGAGAUAAUGAAAGGGUGGUGGAGCUGCUUCAAGCCAUUAAAGAAAAAAGCAUAACCUUGGACACCAUCAGACACGCCCCACAUCCGCUGUGUAAGAGCCCUCCAGCACAGAAUUCUGAUUCUGCAUUUGCGCCACCUCCCUCUGAAUCAGAAGACCACCACAGUGUCAGACCCCAUAGCCCCUCCUCACAUUGCCCAGCGUCCCCCAAUGGACAUCCAAAACCCCUUGGGGACACAUUAAGACCAAAGAAACCCCCUUCUCCAGCUGUCUAUCCAGACAAGGCCCGGGGGCCCAGUGAGGCACCGCUCUCUAAGAAGAGCUCCAGCCUGCUGAACAGCUUGCGGCCCCCACUCCCCCUGCAGGCUAAAGAGGGGCUUCACAGCAUCAAUGGACGCACCAAACCUUGGGACAGCUUCACCCCGGAGGAAUUUGCCCAGCAGUUUCACGAAUCUGUGCUUCAGUCCACUCAGAAGGCACUACAAAAACACAAAAGUGGAGCCACAGUGAUGUCGGAGUCGUCACAACUCCAGGAGUCGUCUGUUCACUACAACAUUCCAGAGCUUCAGAGCGCCCCCAGCAGACCACCACAAACGCACUCACAAACUCACUCAAAUGCACAUUCAUUUCCCCACCCGCUCUCCCACCCUCACCCACAGCCCAACGGGCAGCACUUCUCUGCACCCCUACAUCGAGAGGCCUCAGGGACGCGGGAGGACCUGUCUGGUCCAGAUGACUCUGAGGAGGAAGAGGAUGAGGAGGAAGAGGAGGCUCCUGCUUCCAAGUGGCAGGGGAUUGAAUCUGUAUUUGAAGCUUAUCAGGAAUACGUGGAAGAGCAAAGUUUGGAGCGACAAGUGUUGCAGAGCCAGUGUCGAAGACUAGAAGCUCAGAACUACAACCUCAGUCUGACUGCUGAGCAGCUGUCUCAUAGCAUGGGGGAGCUGAUGUCCCAGAGACAGAAGCUGGCAGUGGAAAGGGAGAAGCUACAAGCAGAGCUGGAGCACUUCAGGAAGUGUUUGACGCUGCCCCAGGCGCCCUGGCCGAGAGGCGGCCAUUACAAGGGCUACCCUCCCAGGUGACCCCGACACGCCAACCUGAUGGCCCCCAGGCCCCUGGCCACCUUCCUUUUCGGACUGAGACCCAGAGUUUAUUUUUCAUUGCCUGGUCCACAUGGCUCCAAGAAGGAGAAUAUGGCUGGCUAGAUAAAAAGAAUGAAUAAAUGGAUGAAUGAAUGGAGUGAAUGAAUAGAUGGAUGAUACAGGACCAUACAGUGAAGGACAGGCAGUCUUUGGAUUGUGGCCAGCCAGGGACUGUGCCACGAGCCACUAACGCGUGCCAAUGUAGCCAACCCCACCCCCACCCCACCCACCCCACCCACCCCACCCGAGAUCAGCGAGAGUAUGGGGCAGGAGUACCUGAAGAUCAACGCAAACACACACAAAUAUACACACACGCACCUGCUUUUCACACAAUCUUCAGUCCCUGCUGCUCUAUUGUUCAGUCCCUUCACCCCUCGCCGCCACAGCUACAAAGACAAUCCUGCCAAUGAGGGAGCAGCUACUCCAGGAGGGGUGUCGUCAAAGAGACUUGAACGCUCCAAAGGCUUCUGGCCAGUUGGGACUGAUUAUUUUAUCACAGUGGCCAUGAGCUUUUCAACUGGAAAUGCACUUAAGAAUAAAAGCUGAAGAACUACCUGGUGGUACUGUGUUACAACAAAGAACUGUUCGAAUUAGGGAAGACCUUAGAAAAUGCACAUUUUUGAAAAGAAUUAAGGAAAUGUUUUAUUUCGAAAUAGAAAAUUUGAGAAUAAGAAUUUUAAGAGGUGCUUCAGCCUUGUAUUGUAUAUAAUAUGAAGACUUAAAAGAAUUUUGUAUGUUUUUAUUACUUUAAUCAUUGUUCUUUUAAAAGAAAAAGCCUGCCAUUUUUAUAUGUUUAUGCUUUUUUGGGUUGGAAAAGAAAGCCUUGCUUUUAGUGUUUGUACUGCUGCUGGCCAGAACAGCUCAUUUUGAGACAUUAAACAGAGUGAGAGAGAACAGGAUACACUCCUCUUGUUACUCUCGCUCCCUCGUGGCACUGCGUAGCUGAGACCCAGCCACAGCCACCUCAUGAGGCUUCUGAGCUCAGCAAAGCUUAUUUAGAGGUCCUGAGACAUGUCUCCUGCUCUCUCGUCCCCAUCCCUUCACAGCAACAUGUGUCUUUUUGUUUGAAUUGGCCCUUUCCACAACUCCUCUGAUCAGCUUCACUGCUGCCGGCAUGACAAGUUAGUUUGUGAUGUUCUCAUACAGAAACCAGUUGAGAUCCACAGUGACAUUUUUUUUCCCCUUUACUUUGGUCACUUGACGUACUUGAUUAUUUUGUAAAGACAUGAAGAGUCUUUAAACCGCCAGCUGAUGAUACUGGUUCUUGAUGCUUUAUCCUCCCUUUGGACCUUUCACUUUGUAUGACAUGAUAUAGCAUUGGACUCAAACAGUACGAUGGUUUGCUUUAUGUUAACACCAUGCAAGAUCAAGCCCUUAUCAGCAGCCAUUAGAGAAUAUAGUGCCAAAAGGAAAAGCAGUAGCAUUUUGGUUUCUUAGUUUUAAACUGAGUUGCAAUUAGGUAGCCAAACAUUCAGCCCAGAAUGGCCAUCUUCCACUGCUGAAUACCCUUGACCCCACUCAUCUCCUUCCUGCAUUUACCCAUUUUUAAGACCUCACUAUCCAAAGUUGCCAAGAUGUAAUAACUUAAUCACACAUAAAUAGAUUCAAACUGGGCAUUUCCUGCUGCGCAUGAAAUCAGAUCAGAUUUACUCGCCCUCAUAUCUGUUUACAGCCUCUGCCUGUCCCGAGAUUCAGCCACAGGUUUUACACUGACUUUUCACCUUGUAACGUGUGUUGCCUCGGCCUCAUGGUUGUAGGUGUGAUAGGAGACUCCAAAGGCCGUCUGAGAGGUAUAUUGAUCAUUACUUUAAGUUUAAGAGGCUUUACCACAAAUGCACAAGUUACGGUGGCAGAAUUGUUGAUGUGUGGGGGGGAUUUCAGUAUAUCAAACACUUAAUAAACCUUGAAAAUGUGCAGAAAGUUCAUUUAGGAAAAAAAGACGGAAGCAAGCACAACUUCCCCCUCCGUACAGUAUAUUAAUUACAAGUGCCUCAAGAAUUUGGGAGCAUGUGAAUGCGUUUCAGUCCACAAGACGGACAUUCACAAUAAAACAUCAGCGAUCAGGGACUUCACAUUAAAGCGUCUACUGUAUGUCUCACACCUUUCAAAUAUGUGCAUGUCAAGAACCGACACCAAAUUCCUUUACCCAAAUCCAUUAUGACACCUUUUUAUAAGUGAGGCCCCGAGCCAGUUCAGAGGAUCAUCACGUGGAUACGGAGUCCUCCAUCAUUGUUACAGAGCAAGAGAGCCAACAGUACAGUCUAUCGGUUUAUGAUGGAGCAUGCAUGCUGAGGUAAGCUGCAAACGACCUGGGGAGGAAGGUGCAGUACAGUGAGCCCCUUACCCAGCCUCCUCAUGUCUCCGACCCACGCACGCCCCCCAUGCAAUAGCCCCAUUACUCAGUGGAGGAUGUCUAGAUGCUGUGAAAUCCUGUUUUUAAAAUGUACUUGUUUGAAUUCAUUGUAAUGUAAUAUAUUCUUUGUUGAAUGUAGUAAUUAGGUAUUUAUGAAUAUAUGGCUGUGAUUUCCGACAAAAAAGAAAAUAAAAUAUUUCAAAAAUG